CCAACCAUACCCUUUCAUGUCAUUUCCAAAUUAAAAUCAUUUCAUAUUUUCAUUCACUCAUUCAUUAUAUAGUUCCCAUAAACACUUACACAAUAAAUAACUUAACAGAGAGAAAAUAAAUAAAAGAAAUCCAAAAAAAAACAAUGGAAGGAGGAGGAAUGUUAUCAUCAUCAUCAUCACCACAUUCACAAAACUAUAUCUACAGAGAGUGUUUAAGAAACCAUGCAGCCAGCCUCGGAAGCUACGCAACCGACGGCUGCGGAGAAUUCACCGUCGACGACACUUCAGUAUCAGCAGCCAACAGUCUCCAAUGUGCAGCCUGUGGCUGUCACCGGAACUUCCAUCGCAAGAUAACCGCGACAUAUGCGACGAUGGCGCGAGAUAACGCCAUUGUGGCAGUGUCGGAUCAGGUGAUGGAAUAUUCCGGUGGUGGAGAUGGGAGGAGGAAGAGGUACAGGUCAAAAUUCACGGCGGAUCAGAAGGAGAAGAUGCUGGGGUUUGCUGAGAAGCUAGGGUGGAAGUUGCAGAGGAAGGAACUUGAUGAAGAAAUUGAAAGGUUUUGUGAGAGUGUUGGUGUGAGUAGGCAGGUUUUUAAGGUUUGGAUGCAUAAUCAUAAGAAUUCUUGUUUCUCUAAUUCUUCUGAUCCUUCUGCUGGUAAUGCUAAUUCUUCUCUUACUCAGUAGUUGUGUUGUGUGUGAAGGAAUUUGGAAAAUUAAUGUAGUAUUUUAAUUAUUGCUUUAUUUUUGUUUUUUUCUUUUAAUGUUUUUUUUUUCAUCAUGACUUGUGUGUAAUAAUUUUUUAUGAUUUAUUUUUGUUUGCUUCA